UGUGCCUGUCUGUUUGUCUACCAGCAUUAUUAUUCCCACACUCUUGUGCUCCUGGGAGGGUGGCGCAGAAAUCAGGAAUGUGUGUCAUAGAUAGAAUUCAUUCCAGUUGCAUGGCUGGCACUGCAAAAUGAUAAUCAUAGCUAAUACUACAGAAUGUGACCGAAAGUGGAGAGGGUAUAGCCCAGGAAAGGAAGCAUCUGGAGAUGGACUGAAGAGCCCUCAAAAGGCAAUCCCCAAGCUAAGAGGGUCUGGUCCCAUACAAACUAUACACAAGGCUACAUGAUAAUCUUUGAUUCAUAGGAAAAUACUAUCGGACAGAGAUAUAGGAAUGGGGUCAUAAUUAUAGCCAUGUAUCUUUAUGUACCUUAGCUGUGUAAUGACCCCCACUUUUUCAUGUUUUGAGCAAUCCAUUUCAAGACAUUUUCAUUAGCUAUAACUGGUGAAGCUUGUCAAUUUUAUGCAGUCACAUGAGGCAGCACAAUGAUGGCUCUACACGUCAAGUUUCGUUCCCAGACCCUCACGUGCUCCCGCGCUUACGGCCCCUAUCGUAAUUCGAAAAUCACGCGCUUGCGCACGCGCGCCUUUACACGUCAAAGCAGACCACUCAAAACGAACCUGCCCUAGCUUACUAAUGACCUCCAUACCCAGACUCAUAAAAGACAGCUUACGUACAUCAACUUUUGGCAUCACUUUCUCAAGACAGAGCUUGCAAAAGAUACCAGGAGCGUCACCGCACCACUGCAACUACAGACGGUAUCGGAAAGUGUUAUAAACUGGCUAUCUCCAGCUCUAGUAUGCUCACGCGUGUACGCGCGCGCGGCCACUGAGUUUUGGUUCACAACGUGCUAACUAUAAACACGCAGCUACCUUCGCGGUUAUUACGAUAUGUCAGAGUACCUUCGCGCAUGCGGAAACUGUUAGCAAGUGCUUUGCGCACCCUGGGAAUAUCCCUAGCAACCCAGCGGAGUGUCCGUGCGAGUUUUCCUAGAAACAGUAACUGGCCCCGUUAGAAUUCUAUGCGUCACAUGCUACUUGCGCGACAAGCGAAAUCCUGCAAUCUGAUUGGACCCUCCCAAAUCCAGUGCCAAGAAAAACCCACACCCAGGCCAGACCCCCACUUACGUAACUGGCGCGCGACACCGCCGUCCAGCCUCGACGGCGUCGUUCCUGUCGCAAGGCUCUUUCGUGAUGGCUGCUGAACUCUUUCUUCGCGAUUAUCCUGAGCUGCGGCCUUUCGUGCUCUCCAACGUGCGACCAACAGGCGUCAUGAUCGGCGCCGGAGCCUACGGAAGUGUGGAGGAGGUGGCUAUACCAGGAGCCAUUUGCGCCUCCAAAACGAUCCACGACUUCUUUCAGGACCGCCAUGAAUUCCAAGCUGCCGACCUGCAUAGGGUUACGGCUCAGUUCGUGAGGGAAUGUCAGCUGAUGAGCUCCCUCCGCCACCCGAACAUCGUCCAGUUUCUGGGCGUCGCUUUCUUCCGCGGCUCGCGACUGCCGGCACUCAUCAUGGAGCGAAUGCUAACAAACCUUCAUGAUUUACUGGACCCAGAUAUGGACCCUCCGCCUCUGCCGCAUGCACCAAAGCCAUUUUUUCCGUUGAGUCUCAAGUGCACAAUUCUGCAUAACGUUGCUGGAGGCCUAGCCUACCUUCACGAGCGAUCGCCGCCCGUCAUCCACCGCGAUUUAUCAGCAAGAAAUGUUCUCCUGAGCGCAGGCAUGGUGGCCAAGAUAGCGGACCUGGGCGUGGCUCGCAUCGUGCCUCGUAUGAGAGUUGCAGCCACCAUGACAAAGGCACCAGGGGCUGGUGUCUACAUGCCUCCAGAGGCUCUGGAAAACAAGCCAGGGGACAACGAAGAACAAGAGAAGAAAUCGAGAUAUGGUCCAAGUGUCGACGUAUUUUCUUUUGGGGUUGUAGCUAUGUUCACAAUAAGUCAAACCUUUCCCUGUGACCUGCUAGCUCCAAUUUAUCGUGACGAGAGAAGACAAAUUGUUGGUCGAACUGAGUUAGAGCGACGGAUCGAGUACAUGAAUAUGAUCUACAGUCAACUUCGGAAGAAGCAUCCUCUCAUCCAGAUGAUUGAAGGGUGUCUCGACUUCCCUGAAGACCGGCCAAGUAUUCGUGAGGUGUUGCGCAUGUUGGAGGAGGCUAGGGCAGAAGUGAGAGAUGAACCAGUAGACAUGAACAAGCUGGAACUUAUGCGAGCUCUAAGGACGCUCCCCAAAAGCCAGGAAGAUCUUCAGACUGAUGUGCAAGAACUGCAGCAAAAGUUGCAGAUUAUCGCAAGGGAGAAGCUGACACUCAGCCAAGAGCUGGAACGAAAGGAAGCAGCGCUUAUAAGAUCACAGGAGGCUGUCGUUAGAGAGGAGCAGCGGAUUGAGGAGAUAAGACAGAGAGAGACUGAGUUGUUAGAGGCUAAGGACAGGGAGCUAACUGAAACCCAGCAGCAACUGUGGAGAAAGCUCAAUGAAAAAGAACAACGCUUAGAAGCUAAAGAACAACAAUUACUGGAAGGGCAACAGCAGCUUGAAGAACUGACUCGACGGAUUGCCGAAAAAGAUGAGUUGGUGUCUGACAUGCAUCAUCACAUAACACAGCUCACAGAGGAACUGCAACAAAAGGAAAUACACAGUAACAGGGAAGAACAAGCUUGUGCUGGUGAAGAAAACCCAGAACCAGUCAGUUUAAAUAUACCAGACAUGAGGAAAAGCCACCAAAUCAGGAAAGAAGGCAAAUCAGGACUCCAAAACCAGCACCGCAAAAGGUACCAGUUCCCAAACCGAGAAAUUUGAAAAAACCUCCUGCACAGAGUGAGGCAAAAAAGAAGCAAGUUCCUCUUGAGAUCGAAAAGAACGAUGUUCAUUAUGGCGACCUACUGGGGGAAGGCGGAGGUGGUGUGGUUUAUCGUGGAACGUGGAAGUCAAAAGGAAUCGAUGUUGCACUGAAAAAAGUGCGACUUUCUCCCGACCACUGCGAUGCAAAGAUUCUAGCUGAAUUGGGUGAACACCCGAAUAUCAUAUCUUUUUUCGGUUUUUUUCAUGAGUAUCCAGACACAACGAUUGUAAUUGCUCUUGCCAAGAAUGGGUCAUUGUACCAAUACCUGCACAAGGAUCAGAAGGAUCCGACAUUUGACCAGAGCAUCAGGUGGGCAAGACAAACUGCUUAUGGCAUGGCCCACCUUCACAAACUUGGAAUUGCCCACCGCGAUUUGAAAUCGAGUAACAUCCUCUUUACCGACGACAUGGAAGUGCAGAUUUGUGACUUUGGAGUGUCGCGACCCAUGCCAAACACAACAGCAAAACCAACAUUAGCAGGCACAUAUCGCUGGAUGGCUCCCGAGAUUGCAGAUGGCAAAAAGGUGAAUAUGAUGUGCGACGUUUUCUCAUUCUUCAUGGUGGUUUGGGAACUAAUGGAGCACAAAGUGCCCUUCCACAACGAGACGGAUAUCAAGGCGUCAAUGUGUAUCAUCAAUGGUGUACGCCCUCCAUUCACAUACCAGUGGCCUGAAUAUCUUGAGAAACUUACCGAGGUUGGCUGGUCUGAAAACUCAUACGAUCGCCCAACGUUUGCCGAGAUUAUUACCAGUCUAGAAAACAAAAUUUACUUCAGACAUUAAAGGAACCAGAACCUAGAACUAGAACAGUUACAUAGGCAACUAGUAGUUAUUGUGUAUGUAAAGCAUGUGGGUUAAGCAAAUUUGAACUAAACAUACAUUUUUGGCAAGUGAAUGCGAGAGUCACACGCGGGCACACUUACAUGAUUUCAAAUCUGAUUCGUCAAUAGUUACAUGACAGUGUUGUCGUCGUUGUCUGAUACGUUAUGUGAAACUUUGCUCACUAACAAGUGAGUAAUUAGGAUUC